UCCAUCUAAUCUGAUCGUCAAGUUGCCAAGCACUAUGAAUUGCCGUGGGCAUAAUGAUCACAAAGCUCUGAAUUUUCACAUAGUUUUGGUAUUGCGGUCCCACACCUCCUCCUCCUAUACAUACUCACUACCCGCUCAAAGUGUUGCAUACAUCUCAGCUUCAAGCAGGCCACGAGCACACCUGCUAACCAAACAUUUGCAGCCAUCUAGCUUGACCUAAGCAGCUAGGUUGGUAGCUAGCAUGGCGUACAGAGUGCUGGAGGUGACCCUCCAGUCGGCCAAGAACCUCAAGAACGUCAACCUCAUGUCGCGCCUCGAGGUGUACGCCGUGGCCACCAUCUCCGGCGACCCCAUGACGCGCCAGUGCACCCCGCCGGACCCCUACGGCGGCCGCCACCCGACAUGGAACACCACGCUCCGCUUCACCGUCCCGCCGACCGCCGCCGCCGGCGCCAGCGGCUGCCUCCACGUGCUCCUCCGCACCGAGCGCUCCCUCGGCGACCGCGACGUCGGCGAGGUCAUCGUCCCGCUCACCGAGAUCCUCGGCCUCGGCGGCGCCUGCCGCGACCCGCGCGACCUCGGGCCCCGCCCGCCGCAGUUCGCCGUCUACCACGUCCGCAGGGUGCACCGCCCCGCCGACACCUACGGCGUGCUCUACCUCUCCUACCGCCUCGGCGGCGUCGUCCUGCCGCAGCCCCAUCACCCUCAUGUUCCGCACGGCCCGCACCACGUGGUCGCCGCCCACGAAGACCACGCCGCUGCCGCCCACCAAGACCACCACCACCACGUCGUCGCGUACCCGGUGGCGCGGCCGCCGUUCCAUCCUCAUCAGCAGUACGCUUACAUGCCGGCCCCGGCGCUGAUGCCGCCGCCGCCGUCCUCCGCGCUGCAAGCUUCCUCCGGUGGGCACAUGUCGUCCUCGCCGCCGUCUCCACGGGGUUACGGCGGGCAUAUGGCGGCCCUACCGCCGCCGCUUCCAAAAGCCUACGGGCACCUGUCGAUGCCUCCGCCACCGCCGCUGCAAGCUUCUGGGAACACGGCGACGCCUCAAAAACCGGCUGCCGGAUACGCAGCUUCCUCGCCCUGGACGAACACGAGGAAUAAUCACGGCAGCGCGGACUUCGGCAUGGGCCUGAGCGCCGGGCUUGUCGGCGGCGCCAUCGGCGGGAUGAUGGCCGGCGACAUGAUGUCGGACGCCGCGGCGUACAACGCCGGGUACAGGGCCGGGAUGGCCCGCGAGUGGAGCGGCGUCCGCCAGCAGAUCUACUAGGCUAGCCCGCCAGCAGAUCCAGUUGAUCAUCAGUGUAUAUUAAGCUCAAUAAAGUUGAUUUGAUUUACUACUACUCAAAAUACCUCCGUAACUUCAUUCACUUUUGCUUCGGUACACACCAUCGUAUACCCACCUCAUAUUACAUACGUAUGGUAACCUGUACUGUAUAAUACGAGGUGGGUAUAUGUUUUUCUUUGUACUUUUUGUGUGGGUAUCCAAGCCACCUCAACUUUAUUUUAGGGAUCAUUAGAAAAUAUCAGUACAAAUGCCCGUGCGUUGCACCGGACAAAAUAAACAUAACCAGAUUCAUGUCAUUCUGCAUCAUUUUUUAUAUCCGAUUUUACUGAAGUCUAUGAUAAAGUUAAACUUGCAGAUUUUCUUAUUUUUAAUAAAAGUUAAUGUUUCCAUAAAGAUUGGAACACUUUCUAAAUAUAGUUUAAUUUUUAAGAAACUGGAACAUUUCUUUAAAAAGAGCAUUUUUAAACAUAUUUUGCUUAUGUUCGACAUUGACAAACAUUACAGCAAGUAUUAUUUCUAUAGACAUGCCUAUAAAAUUUUGACUAAAAGGAAAAAUAUAAAUAGGUACAUUCAAGAACAAAGGAACCACAGUGUUCCAAGUUCAAAAAAAAAAACCAUUGAACAGAUGGCAACGAGUAUAUAUACCAAAACAAAAAAAUGAACGA